AUGGCGUCCCGCGCUACUCUUUUCAUGACGCCGGCGGAGACCGAGCGGAUACAAAAGACAGCCCAGGAACAUGUCCGGAAACGCCAGGGGCAGGCUGGCCAGCCUCGAGAGGCCCAUGACACGAAGGCCCUGGUCCAGCAAGCCGUUGGUAAGUCCGUGAUGGAUGACUUUGCAGCGGCAGCGUUAGAUUUGGGUACACUGCCAAAGGACAAGAGCGAGGAUACCGUGCCAGCAUAUGCGGUUGGCUGUCAAUAUCUGCCCUGCACAACCAGCCUGGCGGAUCUAGAGCCCAUCAAGUUAUCAGACCUUCGUAUGGAAACGCACCAUCGCGGCCGAGUGCUCUCUCUCCGCCGUAUCUCCCCAGUGGUCAAGCUAAGGUCGUCUAGCUGGACUAUCGUGCAGGAAGCAGGCUCGGAUGAUGCAGACAGGCUUGAGCUAUCCCUCCACAACACAAGAAAUGGAGAAGAUAUAUUAGACUCCGCCUCAGCGUUCUUCAUUAAGGAGCCUUAUUAUACCCUUAAUACCAAUCAUGAAUCUGUGAUUCGCGUCGACCACCCCUCGGAUAUGAUCAUUACCACUUACAGUGACAACCCAUCCUCGUGGAGGAAUAACACAGGCAACAAGGACUCGGCAUCCACUGCCUCUAAAUCAGCCACCCAGUGUAAGGAAGAAGGAAAUGCUGCUCUUGGGAAGAAAGCAUACUGGAGGGCCCACGCCUGCUACUCUGAUGGUUUAAAAUCAAUUCCAAAAGACGAUGAUAGCACACUGCGUAAGGAUAUCUAUCGAAACCGUUCUUACGUCAACCUUCUCCUGCAACGUUACGACGAGGCGAUAUCUGACGCAUUCGCCUCUCUCACUCAUGGAACUGAAGAGGAACAGAAGGCCCUUGAUGCAAAGGCGUAUUCCCGUGCUGGCAGUGCAGCCUACAGCCUUGGUGAUUUUCAGGCAGCCAAAGGCUUCUUUGAGGAACAAGAGAAACUCCAGCCGGACGAUAGACUGGUCAAGAUUAACCUGAAAAGAAUAAAACUGCGUUCCCAAGAGAAGGAAUCAGGCACAUAUGAUCUACAAAAAGUGGCAUCCAGCCUUUCAAAAUUGCAGGGCCGAGCCGAUGUCGCAAGCUACUAUGGAUUCACUGAAAUCAAGGAAAGCCCUGGAGCCGGACGUGGGCUUUUUGCCACGCGUGAUAUAGAACCUAACGAAACAAUCAUGUACGAGAAAGCGUUCUGCGUCGUCUGGAGCCACGACCCGGAGGCAAUGUCGUGUCUGACCAUUGAUAUGCGAGACAAUGCUAAAAUCAGAGUAUUCCCGUCUGGUCUACACAAAGCCAUAGUACAAAAACUAAUGAACAACCCUUCCCAAGUGGAACGCGUGUUGGCCCUCUGUGGAGAGUAUGAAGGGCUCGGUAACAAGCUUCGCGAAAUUGACGGUCAACCCGUCCUGGAUACUUUCCAAUUACAUGAUAUUGUCCAGCGCAACGCCUUUGGACCUGGCCAACAGACCGAAAAUGAAGAUGUCACCAACGCUAGUACCGGCCUCUGGUCUCGGGCAUCAUACAUAAACCAUUCCUGUGUCGCAAAUACUAAGAAAGACUUUAUCGGUGACCUGAUUAUCCUGCGUGCUACUCGUCGAAUUCUAGCUGGUGAGGAACUCACUCAUUGCUACGAUGAUAACAGUGAUUAUAGCACCAGGGUAGCAACUAUUGAGCGAACAUGGGGCUUUAAAUGCCAAUGCAAGCUCUGUGUUGCCGAGGAGGCUGAUGGUGAGGAAUUACGCCAAAAGCGUGCAAACCUUGAAAAGGAGGUCGGCAAUUUUAUGAAGAAAGAAAACGCACAGCAGCCAAAGAAAAUUGCCAUCAUCAGGGCCAAGCGUCUGCGUCAGAAUAUUUUGGACACGUAUGAUCAGAAUAAGUACAAGGACCUACCACGCAGAGCUCUCUUUGGCAUCGAGCAAUGGUUGCAGGCAGCUCGUGCCUUGUAG